CGCCAAAUAAUUGCAAGACGAAGAACUUUUUGAGGUUUUCCAUUAAACUACAGCCAUUUUCUCUCUGACAAGACGAUUGAUUUAUCGAAACUUCAUCAGGAAGAGAGAAGUAGCCGUUUGACCGAGUCGAUUGUUUUGAUUCAGAUGAGUUGUUGUCCUUCUCAUCGCAAAAUACCACGCGUGUUUCGUCAAUUCAAGCUGUUCGAUUUUCGAUUCCUGAUUGAUAUAUGAUAACUGUGAUGCUGGCCCGUUUCUUCUGCAAAAGCUGAACUUUUUUUCGUUAUAUCACGGCCACUUCAACAAUGUCAGCUGAGUUUAUUUUGCUUUAACGAGCCACGUUGUGCCACACGGUCAACUGAAGCCACACGUGUUCGCUCGCGUUGAGGCACGCACGCGCUGAUUGCUCGGGGCAACCAGGCACGAGACGGUCCACUUGGCUGAAGGAGGACAGGGACAGGCAAGCGGAGAGAUGGAGUUUGAGGAGUCAGGUAUCGGGGAGGAGUGCGGGGUUUUCGGGUGUGUGGCUGCCGGAGAGUGGCCCACACAGCUGGAGGUGGCUCAGGUCUUAACCCUGGGACUCGUGGCGUUACAGCACAGGGGUCAGGAAAGUGCUGGGAUUGUCACAUGUAAUGGAGCCAGUCCUCCCACAUACACGACCCACAAGGGAAUGGGAUUAGUGAGCUCUGCUUUCCCACCCGAGGCUCUUCUGAAGCUGCGCUAUGGUAACCUCGGUAUUUGUCACACACGCUAUUCAACUACUGGGAUCUCAGAGCUGCAGAACUGCCAGCCCUUUGUGGUGGAUACACUGCAUGGCAAGAUUGCUGUGGCGCACAAUGGAGAGCUGGUUAAUGCUCAUGCUCUGCGAAAAAAGGUAAUGCGCCAUGGUGUGGGCCUCUCCACCAGCUCUGACAGCGAGCUCAUCACCCAACUUCUUGCAUUGACUCCACCGAUGGAGGAGCUGGACACACCAGACUGGGUUGCCAGAAUCAAAAAUCUGAUGACUGAGACCCCCACAUCGUACUCGCUCCUGGUGAUGUUCAAAGAUGUUAUCUAUGCAGUGCGCGACCCGUAUGGAAAUCGUCCGCUCUGCAUUGGACGGCUGGUUCCAAUCUCUAAACUGCACAGUUCAGGUGCUGAAGAGGAGGACACUGAAGGGUGGGUUGUGUCAUCAGAGUCCUGCAGCUUCCAGUCCAUCGGUGCCAGGUAUUACAGAGAGGUCUUACCAGGAGAGAUAGUCCAGAUAUCCAGACAUGGGGUCAAGUCUCUGAGUGUCGUUCCCCGCCCUGAGGGAGACCCCCCUGCCUUCUGCAUAUUUGAAUAUGUUUACUUUGCCAGACCAGACACUAUUUUUGAAGGGCAGAUGGUCUAUACUGUCAGGCAGCGCUGUGGGCGGCAGUUAGCCAUUGAGGCUCCGACAGAAGCAGACGUGGUGAGCACUGUGCCAGAGUCUGCAACCCCUGCUGCGCUGGGCUACGCUCAGCAGUCUGGGCUGCCAUAUAUCGAGGUUCUGUGUAAGAACCGCUAUGUUGGGAGAACAUUUAUUCAACCAAAUACCCGCUUGAGGCAGCUGGGAGUUGCUAAGAAGUUUGGGGCUUUGACGGACAACUUUGCUGGGAAACGAGUGGUGCUAAUUGAUGACUCCAUCGUCAGAGGCAACACCAUCUCCCCCAUUAUAAAACUGCUGAAGGAAGCUGGUGCAACUGAGGUCCACAUCAGGGUCGCCUCGCCACCGAUCAAGUUCCCUUGCUACAUGGGCAUCAAUAUUCCAACCAAGGAGGAGCUCAUCGCCAACAAGCCCGAGUUUCAGGACAUUGCUGGAUACAUUGGUGCUGACAGCGUCCAGUAUCUGACUGUGGAGGGCCUGGUAUCGGCUGUCCAGGAGGGAAUUGCCUCCAUUCAGAACGACAAGAUGAUCAGCUCCAGUAACGGGUCCAGCAGGAGAGUGGGUCACUGCACUGCCUGCCUGACUGGGAAAUAUCCAGUAGAGCUGGAGUGGUAACUGGUGCACCAUCAUGACCAACUAUAGUUACAGCAGCAGUGCUGAGGAUUUACUGCCCACUCCCACAGCUGAUACAUGUGAAUCAAAUGUUCUCUGUAGACUGGAAAAGAAGUGGUCAGACACCUUAAUAUGACUAUUUGGGACACCAAGAGAUGUAUGAAAUACAGAGCGACAGCAUAUGCGGUCUCUGCAGAGGGUCAUUAUUCUCCUCAGAUCCUUUCACCAGAGUUGAAAUGUUGCUUUUGACGACCCCCAGUGGUCACAUUCUCGCCUUGCUGCAGCGUAUGAGUCAACAAUGUUUACUACAUCCUGAUGUCACGAAGGUGUGAUUACAGGUGCACACAUCUGACCACACAGCACUGGCGUUUACAUGUUUUUCAACAGCUCCAUGUAAAUGUAGUUAUCUCAGAAAAGUAGUUUCAUGUUUUCACUUUCCAAAUGUUAAUACGGCAGCAUUAGAUUAUUUUCCUUGUCAGAAAAGCGCACAAAGCUAGUGACCAAAAAGUGAAAUUGUCUUUAUUUUCCUUAAGUGUUCUUUUCUACCUUUAGCUGAAAUUAACCGAUUAUGCUCUUUUGUUCUGAGUCUGACUGUCGUAUAUUUUUAACUUUAAAUAUUACAAUGAAUUUAUUUGAAAAGUUAUAAUAAACACAAUA